ACCCACAGAGACACAUGUACACACACACACACACACACAUACAGACACAUGUAUACACACACGCAGGCACGUACAGACACGCAUACAGACAGAUACAUGUACACACGCAGAGACACAUGUACAUACAUACACAAACACACACACCCUAUAAAAAGUUUCAGUACUUCGUUGUUCACUCACAGAGCCGGGUACUGCACUGUAGGGGGAGGCAAAGAGCACAUCACACACUCCUUCCUUUGCUUUCACUGCGCUCAGCUAUUGAGCAGUCUGAUGGUUCACAGUGACAAUGACAGAUCUGGCCUGAGCUCCGAGCCUGCUCAGCAAGACGGCCCUGGGGGACACACUCGCCCCCACCAUAAUUUCCACUCGCCAUUGACGAGCAGGCGAGUGGCAAUUUCAAAGCCUGCCUUAAUACACCAC